AUGAUGAACCAUGAUGGUGAUGCUGCUGCUAUGGAUGUCUCAUCACUACCACCUUCAUCACCUUCAUCACCCCUUACACCUUUACCAUUUGAAUACACACCUCCAACCAAUCCUUUUAACCCACAAACAUUCUUUCUUUCAGACAUCAUGCACCCUGGUGUUCCUCCUCCUACUGAUGCAACACUUUCAUAUCAAGAACAAGAUAUGGUGAUUGAAUCAUCAUGGCUUACACUUUCACUCCCACCACUACCUCAGCCUUUACCGUUUGAAUACAGACCAUUAACACCUUCAAUUUCUCCUCCUAAUGCUACCACCAGUAGCAAUAGCGAGGGGCUGGAAAGUCCUCAAACUAUUCAACCACCAUUCCCAUGGGCUACUUUAAAGCCCGCCACCGUUCACACUCUCGAUCACUUAUUGUUUCAUUUGAAUAUAAACACUAUUUCAGGUACUCUUGAAUGCAAAUCCUGUAAUUUUCAACAGACUGACUUUCGUUUUGAUUUGCUUAAAAACUUUGAGAAGGUGGCAAAUUUCAUUAUGGUGGAAAAACACAAAAUGUGUAAUCGUGCACCCGAAGCCUGGAUGAAACCGGUGUUGCCAAACUGCGAGAAUUGUGGAAGAAAAAGCACAAUGCAGCCAUUUAUUGGGAAGGAAAAAGAGAUUAAUUGGCUGUUUUUGCUUUUGGGUGAGAUGAUAGGGUGUUGCAAUCUUGAGCAUUUGAAGUAUUUUUGCAAACAUGCUGAUAUGCAUAAAACAGGUGCCAAAGAUAGAUUGCUGUAUCAAACAUAUUUGGGUUUAUGCAAACAACUCCAACCAGAAGGACCCUUUGAUCUAUAG